CGUUCUAAAUCUUUUAUAUAAAAUGUAUUAUUUUACUAGGUAUGCGUGUAAUAUUGCACAUGCAAUUUGUGGUUCAUUGAUCCAUGUUAUAUGUGUGCAGUAUUCAAAACAGAUGGUUGGUGGUAACACACUUUCAAAACAUCAUUAUGAUUGGAUAACAAGAGAUGUUUGUAUAAGUAUAUAUUCGAGAGUUGUUAAAAGGAAUUUUGCCAUAACUCCAAACUGAAUACUAGUCAACAAAGACAUGCUUAGUUUCAUUAUUGGUUACAAAUAUACCAAAUAAGAAACUGAUGCCUUGCAUUUACCUAUUUCUAAAUUGGUGUAUUUGUCAUUUAUUUUUUUGACACAGUUACAAAGUAAAUUCAAUCAAGUUGAAGCGGAAAACUGCAUAUGUAGGUAACCAAUCAAGAAAUGUUUUGAUUAAGAUUAACCAGUCAAAUCUUGUUUUGAUAAAGACAUAUAAUACUUUUUACGUAUAAAUGGUAUGUCAUAUUUCAAAGAGACGGCGAAGAGAAAGGUUCAGAUAAACCGCAGCGACAUAAAGACGUUAAACAGUAAAAAUGUCGAAAUACUCGUGUGAACAGUACGGGGCCAGUUUUCCUAGACUAAGUGCGCUUAUGCAGCAUAGGAGGACGGAAAAUCAUUGGCCAAAAUUUAUGUGUCCGAGCUGUAAGAAGACCUUUACCCGAAAAGACAAUUUGGACAGACAUAUGAAAAAACAUAGUGAUGAGAAUACGCAUCACUGUCCAGAGUGCCUUCGUGUAUUUACGAGGAAAGACGCCCUGGAUGAUCACUUUUUACAACAUGGCAACCAAAGCGGCAGUGGAGCCAAGAGGGUUCAAACUGAUGAAGAGGAUGCAAGUGUCGUUCAUAAACGACAAAAGCUGACUCCAAAGGAUAAAGCAACGGAGUUUUAUAGUAUGGAGAAAAUAAAUGAAAGUAGAAUAGAAAAGUUCAACACAACGGCAUCAUACUACAAUAUUAAAAUAAAAGAUUUGGAAGUGAGAGAUCUACCGAACAUACUUAAAACACUAAAGGUAAUAUUUCAAUCUAUUGUGACAAGAAUUACAGAAAACAUUCCAGCCACCGAUCUAGUUCGACUUACUAUGGACAAUCCGGAAUUGGACUAUCCAAUUGUUUUGCGAUUCAUGCCGAGAUCUUCUUUGACAGUGAAAAGGAUUUUGACUGAAUUAGAAAGAGUGUUACAGUCAUAUGAACAGUUUGUCGUGGACGAAACGUUUGGCAUAGAACUGGUACAUGUUGUUGAUGUGAGAGGAUCAAGAUACAGAAUGAAACCAUUAGUCGACAUUACACAAGUGUUGGAAAACAAGAAAAGCAUUAUUCAAAUAAAAAAUUCAGAUGACCUUUGUUGUGCAAGAGCUCUAGUCACAGCUAUAGCUCGUGUUGACGACCAUCCUCAGUGGAACAGCAUACGCCAAGGUCGUCAGAUACAGCGAGAGUUAGCCGUUGCCCUUCAUCGAAAAGCCGAUGUACCACUGAGAAAAUGUGGUGUCGAUGAAAUAAAGAAGUUCCAGUCAUGCCUGCUAAACUACCAGAUCAAUGUAGUGUCAAAAGCUCAUUUCAAUGCCAUCAUCUAUCAAGGCCCAGAGGAAGGUGUACCGAUAUACAUUUACAACCACAAUGAUCAUUACGACGUUAUAACCUCAAUGACAGGAUUUCUGAACAGAAGUUAUUUUUGCAACAAAUGCAAAAAGGCUACCAGACCAAGGAACGCCAUGCCUGUAAUAACCCCUGUCAUUUUUGCCGUAAGCUUCACACGGAUGAAUCUGAAGACUGGCAAUACUGCGAAUCCUGCAAUUGUAAAUUUCUUAACCAGACCUGUUUCGCUCUACACAAGAACAAGACAGAAAAUGGAAAAUCUACGUGUAAAUUGUAUUACAGAUGUAAAGACUGUAAUCAAUUGAUAAAUCGUUCACAUCACAAGAAAGCACAUGUUUGUGGUGAAUACUACUGUAGUACUUGCAAGGACUAUGUCAAUGGCAAUCAUUUAUGUUUCAUGCAACCAAUUGAAGAAGAAGAUAACACAAAUGAAAAUAGAACAAAACAUGAAAAAGAAACAAAAUACAUUUUCUUUGACUUUGAAUGUACUCAGGACAAACGUCUUGAAUGUACCGCUGGUUAUCUUCCUAGUGUGAAAAGCGUGUGUGUGAAUUGUAAAAAAUCCUGGUGUGGAUCAAUGGAGCAUAGACCGAAUUUAUGUGUAGCACACAAGGUUUGUAGUAGUUGCAUGCAAAAGGAAGUCACAGCCUCUUCUACAUGUUCAAGUUGUGGUCCUAAUGAAAGGGUGUUCUUAGGUUCAGACACAUUAGAGUCAUUUUGUAAAAUGUUAUUUACGGAUGAAAAUAAGGGUGCGACGGUUCUUUGUCAUAAUUUCAAGGGUUAUGAUAGUUACCCGAUCAUGAAAUUCUUGUAUAACAACGCUAUUCUGCCCGAGGUGAUCACAACAGGAUCGAAAUACAUGUCCAUUGUAGUACCUCUUUUCAAAAUCAGAUUCAUCGACUCUCUAAAUUUUAUUCCCAUGGCCCUUGCUGAUAUGCCUAAAGCGUUUGGAGAAACAGAACUUGUCAAAGGCCAUUUUCCUCAUUUAUACAACACAUUAGAAAAUCAAUCGGCGGAACUCAACCAUUUACCCGGCAUGAAGUAUUAUAGCCCUGAUAGUAUGAAGCACGAUGCACGCAAGACUUUUAUUCAGUGGUAUAACGCAAACUUUCAAAAGCCUUUUGUGCUACAGACAGAACUGUUGCGUUACUGUCGAUCUGAUGUCGAUGUGCUUCGGAAGUGUUGUCUUAAGUUUAGGACACUUUUCAAAGACCUCACCAAAACCCGAGAUAAUGAUGGGAUAGAUCCUUUUGAAAAAUGUAUCACAAUAGCUUCGGCAUGCAACCUAGUGUUCAGGACGCUUUUCCUCGACCAUGAAACUAUCGGCAUCAUCCCAUCCCACGGUUACCGACCUGAGGCCAAACAGUCUGGAUUGGCUUAUCAAUGGUUAUCCUACCUUGCGUUUGAAAGAAACAUUUAUAUUCAACAUGGUCGGAAUAAGGGGGAAAAACAGAUAGGGCCAUACAAAGUUGACGAGUACUAUCAGACAGAAGACGGUCGGAAAGUUGUUCUAGAGUUUCAGGGUGAUUUCUGGCAUGGAUGUCCAAAAUGCUUUUCCAAAAGCACGAUCAAUCCUGUGAAUGGGUUAUCCAUGUCUGAAUUAUACAUGAAUACCCUUGAAAAACAGUUAUAUCUUGAAUCAGAAGGUUAUCACUACGAAUGUAUCUGGGAAUGUGAUUUCAAGAAGAAGCUGGAAUCAAAUCCUACAAUGAAAGAGUAUAUUGAUUCUUUGGAAAUAGCUCUACCCUUAGAACCGAGAGAUGCUUUCCAUGGUGGACGCACUGAAGCAUUCAAAAUGUAUGCAGAGUCCACAGAAGACAAGCAUAUUCGAUACUUCGAUGUCACAUCCCUAUACCCCUACAUCAAUAAAACAGGAAAAGGCCCCCUUGGUCACCCACAGAUUAUCACAGAAAAUAUUGAGGAUAUAAACAAUUAUGAAGGUUUAAUAAAAUGUAAGGUUCUACCACCAAAGAAACUGUAUAUCCCCGUUUUACCAACAAAGUGCAACGGAAAACUUAUGUUCAGUCUAUGUCGUACUUGCAGUGAAACAUAUGACAAUGACGUGUGCCAACACAGUGAGAAUGAUAGAGCCAUAACAGGCACUUGGGUUACAGAUGAAGUGAAAAUGGCGUUAUCCCAGGGCUAUAGAUUACUUAAAGUUUACGAAGUUUGGCAUUUUGAUGAAAUGGCCCAAUAUGAUCACAGCACCAAAACGGGUGGGCUUUUUACAGAAUAUGUGAAUACGUUUCUAAAGGUGAAACAAGAAGCCAGCGGUUGGCCAGACUGGUGUAAAACAGGAACAGACAAGCAAAUGUAUAUUCAAGAGUAUUUUGAGAGGGAAGGUAUUUUGCUAGAGUACGAUAAGAUUGAAGAAAAUCCUGAUCUAAGACUGUUAGCCAAAAUAAUGCUGAACUCGUUCUGGGGGAAAUUUGGCCAACGUUCAAACUUGACACAAACAAGCUUUAUUGACGACCCGGUUCAGUUCAUAGAUAUGAUGAACUCUGAUAAACAAGAAGUUAAAAACGUACGUUUCAUAAACGAAGAAGCAGUCCAACUAGACUGGGCAUAUAAUAACGAUUUUAUAGAAGCUUCCUGUAGGACCAAUGUAGUUGUGGCCGCUUAAACAACUGCUCAAGCCCGAUUAAAACUAUACAGUUAUUUGCAGCCAUUGGGUGACAGGGUUCUUUAUUGUGAUACCGAUUCUGUUGUGUUCACCUCUGCCCAGGGUGAGUGGGAUCCUCCUUUAGGUGACUUCCUUGGGGAUUUGACGGAUGAAGUCCCAAACAAUCAAAUAACUAAAUUUGUGACCGGAGGACCCAAGAACUACGCAUUUUGUCUAGCGAGACCCAACAAAAAGGGCCAGUCUUCCAUUUGUAAAGUCAGGGGGAUUCAUUAAAUUUCAAAAAUUCCCUAGAUAUCAAUUUUGAUACAUUAAAAGAAAUGGUUACGGGACAGAAGCAAAACACUUGCCUUAAGGUGGUAAAUGAAAAUAAGAUAACCAGAAAUACAGAUACAUGUAACAUUAUUACAAAGACUGAAACUAAAGAUUAUAGAAUUGUUUUCGACAAGAGGGUAAUUUCUAAAAAUUUCAGCUCCUUUCCUUAUGGUUAUUGAUAAUGAAACAUAAAAGCAAAUAAUGUAGGAAAAGAUAUAUAUUGUGUAUGAUGUGUUUGAGUAAAAUGUAUGCUUGCUGUAUAAAUGUCUAUUUUACAUUAUGUAAUUGACUGAUUGUAUUUACAUGAUUUACAUACAAAGAAAUAAAAUCAGCAAACUGUAAAGAUCGUUCUUUUUUCAUAAAUCAUCUAUUCACCAUAUAAACGAAAGGUAGAUUUUGUUUGUUUGUUUUGGGUUUAACGCCGUUUUUCAACAGUAUUUCAGUCAUGUAACGGCGGGCAGUUAACCUAACCAGUGUUCCUGGAUUCUGUACCAGUACAAACCUGUUCUCCGCAAGUAACUGCCAACUUCCCCAUAUGAAUCAGAGGUGGAGGACUAAUGAUUUCAGACACAAUGUCGUUUAUCAAAUAGUCACGGAGAACAUACGCCCCGCCCGAGGAUCGAACUCACGACCCUGCGAUCCGUAGACCAACGCUCUUACCUACACGAAAGGUAGAGAACUAGCGCAUAAUAUAGAGGCAUGCAUGUUAAAAGGAUGUUUUGUUAACUUAUGUCGAUAUCAAUAAAAACCUGAAUGCCACCGCAAAUAAUGACAAAAGACCCAACCAUUGUCCAGUUACAAUGUCCAAUUACAAUCUCUACUGACUUAUAAAUACAUAUUUCUAAAACAAGAAUAGCUGUGGGAAAUUCCCACACCUUAAUAUAAACUCGCAUUGCACAACAAUAAUAAGCGGGCGGAUCUCGAUACGCUUAAAUGAUUCCCAUUUUUCCCUCAAAAAUGUGGUCCAGACUCCCCCCACUGACUACUCCGAUGAGUUCGCUAAAACCGGAGUUUACUGUACUUCAAACAUAAUAUGAAGUAAGCAAUGAUAGUGUAUGAAGCCAUCUCCGUUGCAUGACACAAGCCAAUUAAUUGUGUAUGGUUGCCAGAUUUUCACUACGCAGCUGCGUAUUUGCGUAAAGGUAGCUACGCGCUUGAUUAAGAUAGGUAAACAGCUUUCAUUUAAAUGGGUCUCUUUGGGUUUAUAUGCUUCAAUAGCUGGUUCGGGUUAACAAUGCAUUUGCAAUUCCUCACACAGAAAGGAAGGUGCUUCUAUGGGAGACGGGUCGGAAUGUAUAUAAGCACUUUUAAAUUUUAUCUUACACAUACGGAACACAAUAGCCAUGUAAUAAUACUCUAUAGAAUGCGGAAAAUCUACAUGCAUAUCUGUUUGUUUUUGUGUGGUUUAACGCCGAUUUUCAUAAGUAUUUCACACGCAUAUUUUUAAAAACUGCUAGAAAUAUAUUGUUAUUUCUUCAUACACUUCAUAUCAAGUUAGUAACAGCCUCAACCUUUACGACUAAAAUAAUCAAAAACACCUGUCAAUAUGAAAGUAAAAGAUGGCGGCUGUAGUGUAUAGGGUUAAGGUAGCAGGGUACACUUAGAUUCGAACAUUUUGGGCACGGACAGUCUUACAUGUCGCGAGUCGCAAUACUGCACUUCCCUAAUAAGCUGAAUCAGGGUGGCCAUUUUAUAAAUUGCGUGCAUGUUUUGUGCUUUUAAUUAAUGGCAAGAGCAGGGUUUUCAUACAAGAAUAAAGAAAGUUAUCGAAACGAAAGUGUUACACCAUCAAUGAAAAAUAGCAUGCCAAAAUCAUCAAUUUUGCACUUUUUGAACAGCCUGCAAUGAUCCCGCUGCAAGAACAAUGCCCAAUUUUAUUGCAUUUCUCAAUUUAAUAGCCCUUACUAAACUUCGGGAUAUAAACGGAAUAGGGGCUCAUCCAGCUCGUUUUUUUUCCACAAAAUAGCGAAAAUGUUCCUGAGUAUCAAUCAACAAGCACAGAACCCUUCCGUGAUUUGAAUUUUCCGCGAAAAGGUGCCUCAUUGAUUCAUACAAAGCUACCAGCAGUUAGUUUUACAACUGACAUCAGAAUUUUACAUGUGUCGGCUGUAUAAAUUUUCUAAAAAAUUAACAAUAAUUAUCUCUCAUCUUAAUUUACAGACAUCCAAAAUCACAAAGUUCUAAUUAUAACAAAUAUUGACAGGGGCCAAAAUUCGAAGUGUACCCUGCUACCUUAAGAUUUUUCAGUUAAUGAACAAAAGAGAGUUUUACUAGUUCUGGACUUAUAUAUGUCUUUCGCAAAUUAAACCAAAUAAAAAUGUUUUCAAUCGCAUGAAAAGAAGUCUGUAUAAGAGGGUCUAAACUUGCCCACCCCUAAUGCGCAAAUUUAGCCAAAAUUUACAAAUUGUCGCCACGAGACAAAGAACGUAAAAUACAUCCGUUUUUACCAUUUUCUGGCAUGAUUAAACGUAUUUUGUCAUUAGGAAUGAUAUAAGGGCAAUUUUGUAUCAUAUUGCGAAAAUAAAAUGUCCCCAUCCCCUAUUUUGCUAUUUCAUGAGGUCCCCACCGUCCGAACAUCCCCCUAAUUGACGAGAUGCAUAGCUGGUGGUCCAAAUAUGCGCUGUGUGGGUUAAUAAUGAUAAAAAUACUGUUUUUACUGUACCAGAAACCUGUUACUUGAGCUAGAAUCUAAAAAACAUCGUAUGCGUGUAUAUUGACUUUUAUGCUUUUAUGUGUCCUCAUCGUAACAUUUUGAGCUGCUGUGUCGUCAAGUAGCGUUUUAAGUCCCCAGAAAGUUAAGAAUAUCGAAGAAGAGGUUCUAAACUAUGUGAAACCGCACAAAUUUAAGAGUUCUUUCGAAAUUUGAUUUUGGCAGAUUUCCCUUAAGGUAGCAGGGUACACUUAGAUUCGAAAAUUUUGGGCACGGACAGUCUUAUAUGUCGCGAGUCGCAAUAUUGCACUUCCCUUAUAAGCUGAAUCAGGGUGGCCAUUUUAUAAAUUGCGUGCAUGUUUUGUGCUUUUAAUUAAUGGCAAGAUCAGGAUUCUCAUACAAGAAUAAAGAAAGUUAUCAAAACGAAAGUGUUACACCAUCCAUGAAAAAUAGCAUGCCAAAAUCAUCAAUUUUGCACUUUUUGAACAGCCUGCAAUGAUCCCGCUGCAAGAACAAUGCCCAAUUUUAUUGCAUUUCUCAAUUUAAUAGUCCUUACUGAACUUCGGGAUAUAAACGGAAUGGGGGCCCAUCCAGCUCGUUUUUUCACAAAAUAGCGAAAAUGUUCCUGAGUAUCAAUCAACAAGCACAGAACCCUUCCGUGAUUUGAAUUUUCCGCGAAAAGGUGCCUCAUUGAUUCAUACAAAGCUACCAGCAGUUAGUUUUACAACUGACAUCAGAAUUUUACAUGUGUCGGCUGUAUAAAAUUUCUAAAGCAUUAACAAUCAUUACCUCUCACAUUAAUUUACAGACAUCCAAAAUCACGAAGUUCUAAAUUAAAUUGUAACAAAUAUUGACGGGGGCCAAAAUUCGAAGUGUACCCUGCUACCUUAAACGUACUGUUCUAUCUUAUCCAACGUCCGCAGGUUUAUCCUAAGAUAGAAGUAUCUUCAGUAAAUGAACACCAAUAGUUAUCUUUUCACGAGUAUCCAAGCCACUUGAAAAAAUGAUUGAUAUGGUGCUCAAGAGUGAAAAAUAUUUCUGUCUUACAUAAUUAUAAUACAAACAAUUUUCUUUACAUUUCGUGUAUUUGAAUGGCUUUUAACAAAGUUAUAUAUCCAUUUAACUUUCGCAGCCAUACAGUUAUACAGUUUAUUUUGCUUAUAUUUUCACUUCAGCGUGUGGUUUUCAUUUUCGUAUUUUCACACUGUUACGGUUGCUUUCUGGCAGCUUGUAAGUU